CAUAGCACCCCCACCAUUUCCAUCUUAUGCUUUGCUUUGAGUUCAAGUGCACUGCUUAAUUACAUUGCUUUGUUUUUUAGAUUAUUUUUCUGUCCUUUUAUUGUUAUAAUUAUAAUUUUUAUAGAUUUCAAUUCUUUCUUUUGCACCAAGAAUUUUACUUCAUUUAGGGUUUUGGGCAGUUAUGUGUUGAGGAUGUUGAGUGAUUAAUUUGUUGUCAACUUGGCAUUUUUUAAAAGUCAAUAGUUGGUUUUGGUUUGGAUGGUGGGGUUUGAAGAAUCGAUGUAUGUGUAGGCAGCGUGUGAGGGCUCUGACAAAUUGCUCCUGAGAAUGGCUGAUGUAGCAGGUCUUGCUGAGGCUGCUGGGUCAAGGUUUAGUUCAUUGGAGCUCAUUGGACAGGGAUCAUUUGGCGACGUCUAUAAAGCGUUUGACAAGGAGCUCAACAAAGAAGUCGCUCUCAAAGUGAUUGAUUUAGAAGAGUCAGAGGAUGAAGUUGAGGACAUUCAGAAGGAAAUUUCUGUGCUGUCACAAUGUCGAUCUCAGUACAUUACUGAGUAUUAUGGUUCAUUUCUCAAUAAAACAAAACUUUGGAUAAUAAUGGAAUACAUGGCUGGAGGCUCUGUUGCUGAUCUACUCCAGUCAGGUCCUCCACUUGAUGAAUUGUCGAUUGCUUGCAUUCUACGGGACUUGCUUCAUGCGAUUGAUUACCUACACAAUGAAGGAAAAAUUCAUAGAGACAUUAAAGCUGCAAACAUUUUAUUGACUGAGAAUGGUGAUGUAAAGGUUGCAGAUUUUGGUGUUUCUGCACAGUUAACCAGGACAAUGUCAAGGAGAAAAACAUUUGUAGGAACACCAUUCUGGAUGGCACCUGAGGUUAUUCAAAAUUCAGAAGGAUAUAAUGAGAAGGCAGAUAUCUGGUCACUUGGGAUUACUGCAAUUGAGAUGGCAAAAGGGGAGCCACCCCUUGCUGAUCUUCAUCCUAUGAGAGUGCUUUUCAUUAUACCUCGAGAUAAUCCGCCACAGCUAGAUGAACAUUUUUCCCGUUCCAUGAAAGAAUUUGUUUCUUUAUGUUUGAAGAAGGUUCCUACCGAGAGGCCGAGCGCUAAGGAGCUUCUCAAACACCGUUUCAUUCGGACUGCCAGAAAAAGUCCGAAGUUCCUGGAAAGAAUAAGGGAGCGUCCAAAAUACCAAGUGAAGGAAGAUCAGGCGGCACCUAGAAAUGGCCCGAGAGGGAUGGGGGAAGCAUCUGAUACUGUGAAGGUGGCAGGAGAUUUACGAGGUGAAGAAACUAAUCAGCCUAGUGAUCCGGGUAAAACCCUGAAAAGUUCUGGGUGGGACUUCAGCAUUGGUGGAUCACAGGGUACUGGAACCUUUCAUAGUGUUUCACGACCUCCUCACUUUAGAGAUAAGAAAAAUGAAGUUUCAAAUCAUCAGCUUAACCAAAUAAAAACUCCAGAGAGUGGCUAUCAAGGGGGAUCUGCUAAUAGGAGUGUACUUAAUGAGUCACUAGAAACUUCUGGGAAAAACCAUGGAAUAUCCUACCUUGAUGAGCAUCCAGAUAAUCACCGUGAGGAUGAUGAAUUGCCUGGGAACGGAUCAGGAACUGUUGUUGUUCGGUCUCCGAAGGGAUCACCGUCAUCAGUAUCACUGUUUCGCGACCAAAAUUCCCGGUCUAGCAGCAUCUAUGCUUCUUUUGAUGAUGCUUCUAAUAGCGGAACUAUUUCUUUACGUGGUCAGCAUGAUGAAUCUGAUACUCCACAGACACCAAGGUCCCCACUGGGACUUAGUAGCAAAUAUUCAAAUGCCUUGCCGGAAGAUAGUGCUACAAAUCUUGCAGAGGCGAAGGCUGCUAUCCAAGGAGGACUAAGGAAAGUUAAUGCUCGAGAGAGAUUUUCCUUGGGGAAGCUCAAUAAUGAUGUACAGGAAAACAGGAGCGAUCAAGUGUCAAACAGCUCUGAUUCUCCCAGACCAUCCCAUGAGUACAUUGAUGCACAAAAGGAUUUUUCAAGGUCACAUAACGCCAGUGAUGAUGAAGAAAAUGACAAAAUAAUGUCAUCCUCUGCACCAUUAUCUAUUUUGCUUAUUCCUUCAUUAAAAGAGGCCAUUGCUAACGAUCCAGAAGGGUCAAUCGCGCAAACUGUUAUCAAUUCACUUGUAAACAUGGAGAGGACCUCACCUAGAUCUUGUGAUGUGCUUAUCAAAAUGUUGCUUCAGCAGUUAGCAAGCUCAAAGGAGUCUUCAUUGAAGGACCUGCAAGAACUAGCAGCUCAAAUAUUCAACAAGACCAAUUCAGCUGAAGAAACCCACCGCAAUGCUGAGCCAGAUAACCGGAAGAAACAGCAGAAUAAGGAUCUUCAUUCAAAUAGCAGUUUAAGCCCACUUGCAAGAUUUCUUCUCUCAAGAUGGCAAGGCCAAAGCUCACGAGAUGUCAAUCCAGCUUGAGCGAGGGACGGAGCUAAUUUUUGUGUGCUGUUUUUGCUUCUGCAUUUAUCAUGAUUAAUUGUACAUAUAUUGUUGCAAUAAAAUGUUUUUAUACCUUAUAUCAGAAUUGUUAUAUUUUUUGCUAUCUUUGGAAAAAUCAGCAUUGUUGUACAAUUAGGAGUUUGCUAAGUUUCACCGAAAUCGUACCAUAAUACAAUUACUAAAAGCUGCUUCUUUACAUUUUGAGA